AAAUUUCUAAAAAAAAACUUUUCUGAUUUAAUUUAAAAAUUUUAAAAAUUUAAACAAAAAAAAAUGCCUGAUGCGGAAGGAGGAAGUUUAACUUGUAAGAAAUAUUCGAUCUCUUUAGGGAUCGUAUUUGUUCUUUUGGUAGCCGUCUCUUUGGUACAAGGAAUAGUUGCGAUUACUUUUGGUGCAUUAUUUCAUUCAUAUUCUUUGAGUACGUUUGGUAUCUCAUCUGUAGGACAAAUCGUAAUUAUUUAUUACAUUUAUCAUCAACUCGUAACUGAACAUAUUGCGAGAAAAAUAUCUUCUGUACCUACAGAAACUACACCAAUUUUAAAUAAUACUAGGAAUAAUAUUAAUAAUCGUAGAGCAACUGAAAAGAAGAUUGCUGUUACUGGAAUGUUGAUUUAUAUUUUAUUAGCUGGACUUACGUUAUUUUCCAUAUUUUAUAUUAAUAAAAAAAUGGAUGGUGAAGAUCCUAAUAAUCCUUCUAAACCACCAUCAGAUGGUGGUCCUCAUGAUAGGACUAGACCACCCAUUCAAAUUUUAUUAUUUUCUAUAUAUUCUAUACAUCCUUUUUUUAUUUUAACACCUCUCGCUUGGUAUCUUACUUAUUCUACUAAUAGUCCAUGUCCAGCAUGGAGAAAUGCGACCAUUUGGUCCGUAUUAUUAUUCCUUAUGGCUUAUACUCAAUUUAUAAAUAGUCAAUUAUUUUAUUUUGUUAAAUGGGGAACUAGAGAACUUGUUUGUACUAUAAUAAUGACAACAUUAUUUUUAAUAUAUGCUAUCAGAUUAUUUGCAUUAUACGUAUGGAGAGGUGGAAAUUAUGAGAAUAUUGAACAUUAAAAUAUUCUAAAUCAAAAAAAAAAAAAA